ACCCACUUUCAACUUUCCACAUAAAGCAAAAGAUUGGCAUCCUCAACAUUUCUCCAAAAGAGGAGCAGCAGCUGCUCUUCAUCCAUCCAUUCUCCAUCAUACCUCCUGCACAAUUGUGAAUUCAGAUCUUGGAUCUGCCUAGCAACAAAAGAAGAGUGAGAAAACCCCAAGAUCAGCGAGAUGGGGAGAGGAAAGAUUGUGAUACGCAGGAUCGACAAUUCGACGAGUAGGCAAGUAACUUUCUCCAAAAGAAGAAAUGGGUUGCUUAAGAAGGCUAAGGAGCUAUCAAUCCUUUGUGAUGCAGAAAUUGGAGUUAUUAUCUUCUCCAGCACAGGCAAACUCUAUGACUAUGCAAACACUAGUAUGAAGUCCAUCAUCGACCGCUACAACAAACAGAAGGAGGAGCAACAGCAGCUGUUAAAUCCUGCUUCGGAAGUCAAGUUUUGGCAAAGGGAGGCAGCGAGCUUGAGGAAGGAACUGCAAUACCUGCAAGAAUGCCAUCGGCAAUUAAUGGGAGAAGAACUGUCUGGUUUGAGCGCCAAGGAUCUACAGAAUCUAGAAAACCAGCUGGAGAUGAGUUUGAAAGGAGUUCGAAUGAAAAAGGACCAAAUUUUAACUGAUGAAAUUAAAGACCUGAACCGAAAGGGUAAUCUAAUCUAUCAAGAAAACCUUGAGCUGCACAAGAAGGUUAAACUCGUCAGUCAAGAAAAUUCGGAACUGCGUGAGGUACAAGUCUUGGCAGCACAUGAAUCACUAAGAAAUAUUUUUCACCUCCCCUUCAGCUCCAAACUUAAUCUUUUACCACCAAAAAGGAACCUUGACAGAAUAUAUACACCCGGUCGGUGUAGAAUGCACUCCCAAUCCUACAACCAGUUAGCUCUUCAACAUAGAAUAGAAUUUAAUGUCUUGUGCAUAGGAACCCUAUCAAGAGCAGUAAGCCAUAACUAACAUAAAGUGAAACCUAAACUUCAGGAUUUUAGAAACUGAACACUCAUAACCGCACUCUUAUCCCAGGUUUAUGGAAAACAGAAUGUGGAUGGAGCAAACAGAGCUUCCAAGGCCCCUUGCACAGUAGGAAAUGGAUAUGACUCGCAUGCCCCAAUCCACCUCCAAUUGAGCCAACCACAUACUCAUAACAUCGAGGCACCAGGAAAAUCAAUGAAACUGGGGUAAGUUCUUUUCGCGAGAUAUGGGAAACUGUACAACUGAUAGUUAUGAGAAAUUGGCUUAACCAUAAUCCAAUGACAUUCUUUUCAAAAUUUGCAACAGGCUGCAACUUCAAUAGUGAAAGCAGUUUAUAUCUGAAGAUGGUUAUCAAUCAUCAUCCAUUAAAUUGAUCCCAAGUUGAAGUGUGCACGCUUUCUAGCGAUGAGAUCUCAAGCCUCAGCUAAGAUAAAUAUGUUCAGCAGCUCAACCAUCCUAUUUGGUAUGAUAUAUUUUAUACAAUGUUUAGAGAAUGAUGUAAAUGAUUGCUGGACAAGCUAUCUGUAUCAAAUAUGCAAGAAUGGAAAGCUCAAUAUGAGUUGGGUACUCUAGACGUCUAAAACAUUUAAAUGUGAUCAACAAUAUUGAACUACUAGAAGAAAUGUGCUAUGUAUAUAUGCUUUGCUUAGUGAAGAUUCAUAAGACUAA